AUGAGGACCACAUUUAUCGCACUAGUCGCCCUUCUGGGUCUGUGCUCGGCAGCCGUCCUUCAGCACAAGUUGAUCUUCCGUGAAUCUCAAAAGAUUCAGAUGAUGAGACGUGGAGAAUGGGGAGCCUACGUUCAACAUAAGGAAGCUCUUCGUGAUGCCAAUCCAGCUGUCUACGCUAAUGUCCCACAAAACGUCAAUGACUACGGAGAUUUCGAAUACCUUGGUAACAUCACCAUCGGAACUCCACCACAACCAUUCCUUGUUGUUUUGGACACCGGAUCUGCCAAUCUUUGGGUUCCAGGACCAAAUUGCGAUGGAUCAUGUGUUGGAAAGAGAAUAUUCGACUCCCAGAAAUCCACCACCUUCCAAAUUGACGGAAAGCCAUGGUCUAUCCAAUACGGAUCUGGAAACGCCAAAGGGUAUUUGGGACAAGAUACUGUUGCCUUUGGAGCUGCCACUGAAAAACAACUUCCAGUUCCAAAAACCACUUUUGGAAUUGCCACACACAUCUCAGCUGACUUCAAAUCUGAUGCUGCCGAAGGAAUUCUUGGACUUGCGUUCACUUCCCUUGCUGUCGAUCAUGUUGUCCCACCACUCAUCAACGCCAUCAAUCAAGGAAUUCUCGAUCAGCCAAUCUUCACCGUCUGGCUUGAGCACAAGGGAUCCGCCAACAAUGUCGGAGGAGGAGUCUUCACUUAUGGAGCCCUUGACACCACCAACUGCGGAGAUAUCAUUGCUUAUCAACCACUUUCCUCUGCCACCUACUAUCAAUUCGUUGCUAGUGGAUUCAAGCUCGGUUCCUACUCAAUCACCAAGAACUACCAAGUGAUCUCUGACACUGGAACUUCCUUCAUCGGAGGACCAAAGGCUGUGAUUGCUGGUCUUGCUGAUGCCCUUGGAGCUACUUACCACAGUGAUGAUCAAUCGUACUAUCUUCCAUGUGCCACCGCUAAAGGAACUCUUGAUGUCACCAUCGGAAGCAAUGUAUAUUCCAUUAAACCAGUAAACUACAUCGUCGACGUUGGAAUGGGAGACACCUGCAUCUUCGCUGCCUUUGCCUUCAAUAACUUUGGAUUCGGACCAUCAUGGAUUCUCGGAGAUCCAUUCAUCCGCCAAUACUGUAACGUCCACGACAUUGGACAACAACGUAUGGGAUUCGCUCCAUCUCUUCAAGCUUCCACUUAA